AUACGCCCACAGAAGUCUGGCUCGGAUGUUUUCCUGUCUCUGCAGGACUUGUGCGGUCCUGCCCUGACUGACGGCUGCAGCUUUGCGCUUCUUUCCGCGGUCUCCACCUUCCCAAAUACCUCGCUGGCUCCACUUAGUCCUGUCAAGAACUUUUGCAUUUUCCUCUAACAGAACAGGCCUUUUAAAAACAACUUUAUAGUUGCAGCCAGAAUGGGAGACAUGGCCGUGGAGAAGACCUUCUCAGAAAUUGUCACUCAGAUUUUUGAAGAGGCUCCAGCUUCUAGGAAGGCUCUCACCGACAACCACAGCAACCUUCUCCAGGUGGCAGAUUACUGCGAAAAAAAGUAUCUUCAGGCAGAUGAUCCAAGCAAAGCCAUUGAAGAAGCCAAAGCUUUGGUAACCCAGGCUUUAGCCAGUGUGUCUUACCAGAUCAACAGAGUAGCCAGCUCUCUGCUCAAGCUGCUGGACUCCCAGGCCAUGCAGAUCAAAGACAUGGAGUCCUCCAUCAACCUGGUGUCACUGGCUGCAGCGAUCCACUUAGAAAAGGUGGCUCGGAGGGAAAUCGGUGCUUUCACUUCUCCAAAAGCCAAAACGUGUGCCAAGCCUUUGACUCCUCCGCCAUCUGGAAAGGAGCCUAAGACUUUCUACAUUAGAGAACCAAUAUCAUAUUCCAUCUUGGACUCAGUUGGACACAGUUUUGAGGUCAUUGAAUUUCAGCCCAAGAGCGCAGAGACAACAGACAGCACACAAAGAAAUCCAAACACCUCAGAGUCAAGUCAUGGCAUUGCCGUCCCCCCACCCUCCAUCCCCACCUUUUCCACCCACCCCACAAGCAACAGUCUCCCUCCACCUGCUCCGUCUUUUGCCAGUCAGGACCCCGAUACCCCUUUUCCACCUUCUUUCAUGGAUGCUGACUAUCCCCCUCCUUUUUUCAUGGCGGCUGACUAUCCCCCUCCUUUUUUCAUGGAGGCUGACUAUCCCCCUCCACCCUCAGAUCUCCCUCCCCCUCCACCAAACAUGAGCUCAUCAGAUAACAGUUUCCCACCUCCACCACCUUUAACCACUGGUGCUGGUCUUCCUCCUCCACCUGUUAUCCCCACCAACACCUCUGCAGGUUCAGUCCCACCUCCUCCUCCUCCUCCUCCUCCACCUCCUCCGUGUCCCAGACAUUAACUUACUUCCUGGUGGAUCGUGUUGACUUGUGUAAAAUCUGCAGCACCAAGAACACUUCCCAUCUGGUGAAUUCAAACAAUCUGUAGAAGAAUCAGUAAAUAAAUAUUUAAAAAGCUUGUGACUUAA